AUGGAAAAUUUAUUUCGUAAGCACGAAAAAAAACUUAGAAAAGUCAAUUCACAAGAAAAAAUACUUAAAUCGGUUAAAAGAGUAAAUGUUUUUAAGGGUGCAGAUUUUAUAAAAAUUCUUGAAUCUUUAGAAUUCUCAAAAGAUACCAUAAAAGAGUUUAUAAUCUAUUUACUGGUAAACAGUAUUAUUCUUAAAGUACAAGUAAAUGAUAAAAAUAAGAACUGUGAUCUUUUACUUGAUUAUAGGUAUUCAGAAAAAGAUUAUUAUAUCUGGAGUGAAGAGAAAUCUAGUCAUUUUAGUCUUUUAAUUGUUUUUGGUAUUAUUUUUCUUGGGCUUGCACUUGGAAUGUUCCAAAUGUGGCCUUCUAAUUUAAAAUUUUUGGCAUCUUAUGCUUCAUAUCUCUGUGGUGCGUUUAUAGCUUUCUUAUUACUUCUUGGUGUUAUACGUCUUAUAAUAUUUUCUAUUACUUAUUUUACACAUUCACCUGGAAUUUGGUUGUUUCCCAAUUUAUUUGCUGAUUGCGGAUUUGUAGACAGUUUUAUACCACUUUGGUGCUAUCAUGGAGAGAACGUUAAAAAGGAAAAAUUCGAAUAA